CCCAAGUUGGACUCCCUUCCUUCAAUCCUUCCCAACUCUUUAAAUCUCCCACCACCAGUCACCACUCUUUAUUAAUCAAAACCCUCUGGCACCAGGGAUCCAAUCCAAAUUAAAUUGAAAUCCAAAGUGGGAAGAAAAGGAGGGCGCACAAGAAAGAAAUGGAGCAAGAACAGCAGCUCAGCACCAGAUGGGAAGGCUACGUGGACUGGAGAAGCCGACCUGCAAUCAGAGGUCGCCAUGGUGGCAUGCUCGCCUCCUCCCUUGUGCUGGUGGCGGAGGUAUUGGAGAACUUGGCAUAUCUGGCAAAUUCAAGCAACUUGGUCAUGUACUUAAAGGAUUAUAUGCAUUUAUCUCCGUCCAAAGCCGCAAACAAUGUCACAGAUUUCAUGGGCACCGCCUUCCUUCUGGCCCUUCUCGGUGGUUUCUUAUCCGAUGCCUUCUUCACAACUUAUCACAUCUACCUGAUAAGUACAGUUAUUGAAUUUCUGGGUUUGAUCCUACUCACAGUGCAAGCUCGCUUACCUUCACUGAAGCCACCAUCAUGCACCAAAGACAGCCUCGACAAUCCAUGCCAAGAAGUUGAAGGUGGAAAAGCUGCCAUGUUGUUCCUAGGACUGUAUCUGGUGGCAUUGGGGGUCGGAGGGAUAAAGGGCUCUUUACCAUCACAUGGCGCGGAGCAAUUUGAUGAGAGCACUCCACAAGGCAGGAAGCAGAGAUCAACCUUCUUCAACUACUAUGUCUUCUGCCUCGCUUGUGGCGGCCUGAUUGCGGUGACACUGGUGGUGUGGAUUGAAGACAACAAAGGGUGGGAAUGGGGUUUCGGAAUUGCAACCAUUAGCAUAUUGUUGUCCAUACCGGUGUUCCUUGCUGGCUCUACUCUUUACAGGAACAAGAUACCUAAUGGAAGUCCCCUAACAACCAUUUUCAAGGUUUUAAUUGCUGCCACACUUCACAGCUGUGUGACCGGAAGUCCAAGCAAUGCCAUUGUGAGCAUGGCUCCAACUCCUUCUUCAAUCCUAAUCACCAAAGCAGUAUCAGAACCAAACAUCGUGGAGGAGGAUUACGCCACUGAUAACCAAACACCAACAGAAAGCCUCAAGUUCCUAAACAGAGCAGUUGUAGUGAACAAGCCAGUCCACGAUAAACUACAAUGCACCGUGAAGCAAGUAGAAGAAGUCAAAAUCGUGCUUAAAAUCCUCCCGAUUUUCGCAUGCACGAUCAUGCUCAACUGCUGCCUAGCUCAGCUCUCCACAUUCUCCGUCCAACAAGCUGCGACAAUGGACACAAAGCUCGGCUCUCUGAAAGUCCCGCCUGCUUCCCUCCCCAUCUUCCCCGUACUCUUCAUCAUGAUCAUAGCACCUGUCUACGACUUCUUCAUCAUCCCAUUCGCACGUAGGGCCAAGAAAUCCGAAAUGGGAAUCACGCACUUGCAACGCAUAGGAGCCGGCCUAGCCCUCUCCAUCAUUGCAAUGGCAAUAGCAGCCCUCGUGGAGAUCAAGCGCAAGCGCGUAGCGUCCAACACUGGAAUGCUAGACUCAACCGAGCCACUCCCCAUCACGUUCUUUUGGAUUGCGCUUCAGUACUUGUUCCUGGGGUCAGCGGACCUUUUCACAUUGACCGGACUGUUGGAGUUCUUCUUCACGGAAGCGCCGACGAGCAUGAGGUCUCUGGCAACAGCUCUCACUUGGGCUUCCUUGGCAAUGGGGUAUUAUCUGAGCUCAGUGAUUGUUUCUGUGGUGAAUGAUGUUUCAGGGAAAUACUCCGACCACAAAUGGCUGUCCGGUAAAAUGCUGAAUCAGUACCACCUGGAGAGAUUCUAUUGGCUCAUGUGUGUGCUGAGUGGAUUGAAUUUCUUGCACUAUCUUUUCUGGGCAACCAGAUACAAAUACAGAUCAACAAGAACAAAUAAGUAAAACAGGAAAGCAAAUUACAUGGUACGGGUACACUAUCACUGUGAUGUGCUGUGUCAAUGAUACAACAUUAUGCAAACAAAAACUUACACAUGUCUACGUAUUGUUGAUAUAAGAUGUUAUGGUAACAGUAUACCCGUGCCGUAAAGUCAUCUGCAAAACAGUUUCUUUGGCAGGAUCAUAUAUGUGGCAUGAUGAUCAUAACUUGCAAGACAACAGCUUGGACUGUAAAUAAUGAUGCCCAAACUGGUAGCGAGUGAGAACUGAAUCAGAGAGGCCUACACAGAAAUGGGAUAUAAGCACAGUUUUUUCUUUAUAAUCUUGUAGUCAUUAAGUUAUCUAUCAUAAUAGAAAUGUAUGGUAGUUUGGUUCAUGUUGUCAGAUUGGCAAUGGACCAGUGGAUUAUAUGUGUCGUCUCCUUUUUGGAACGAUAAUAAAUAAAGUAUUUGGCGAGAUUAACUCAUUA